GGCGGCAGGCGCAAGGCGCGCGUGGGUCGAUGCGCGUGCGCGCCCACCCUACCCCCCCCCCCCCCCGUCCGCGUCGCUUCUCCAGUCUUGCCGCCGCAAGCACCGCGGGGAGUCGCUCACCACUGGAGCAGGAGGCGCAUCCCAUCCGGCUCUAUUCCCUGGGGAAGCCACAGCUUCUUGGUGGGGCUCUUCAGAAAUGGCCCCAGGGGCCCCCGUGCUGCUGCUGCUACUGCUGGGGUUACUGCUGCUGCCUUUGCUGCCUGGACUCCCGCCCCGCGCCACUGGCUGUCCCGCCGCCUGCCGCUGCUACAGCGCCACGGUGGAGUGCGGCGCCCUACGGUUGCGCGUCGUCCCACAGGGAAUCCCUCCCGGGACGCAGACGCUGUUCCUGCAAGACAACAGCAUCGCGCACCUAGAGCAAGGCGCUCUAGCACCGCUCGCUGCCCUUCGCCACCUCUACCUGCACAACAAUACCCUGCGGGCGCUGGAGUCAGGUGCCUUCCGCGCACAGCCGCGCCUGCUUGAGCUGGCGCUCACCGGCAACCGGCUUCGGGGAUUGCGUGGCGGUGCAUUUGUGGGCUUGGUCCAGCUGCGCGUGCUUUACCUGGCUGGAAACCAGCUAGCGAAGCUGCUGGAUUUCACCUUCUUGCACCUGCCGCGACUACAGGAGCUGCAUCUCCAAGAAAACAGCAUUGAAUUACUGGAGGACCAGGCCCUGGCUGGGCUUUCCUCCCUGGCCCUGCUGGACCUCAGCAGGAACCAACUGGGCACCAUCAGCAGAGAGGCCCUGCAGCCUCUGAGCAGCCUGCAAGUCCUGCGCCUCACAGAGAAUCCAUGGCGUUGUGACUGUGCCCUUCACUGGCUGGGCUCUUGGAUCAAAGAGGGGGGCCGACGGCUGCUCAGCUCCAGAGACAAGAAGAUCACAUGUGCAGAGCCCCCACGCCUGGCACUGCAAAGUCUACUAGAAGUAUCUGGAGGUAGCCUCAUCUGUAUUCCUCCCUCUGUGAAUGUGGAGCCCCCGGAGCUCACAGCUAACCUAGGGGAGGACCUGCAGGUAGCCUGUCAGGCAUCAGGUUACCCACAGCCGCUAGUGGUCUGGAGAAAGGUGCCCCAGCCUCGCGAUGGCAAGCCUCAAGCGCAAGCCCAGCUGGAAGGUGGCUCACCAGGCCUGGGCGGGCAUGCGACCCGGGACACGGGCAGCGGCAUGCUCUUCCUCACCAACAUAACACUGGCACACGCAGGCAAGUACGAAUGCGAGGCCGCAAAUGCGGGUGGCAAAGCGCGUGUGCCCUUUCAUCUACUGGUCAACGCCUCCCAGCAGCAGUCACAGCAGCCACUCGCCCCGAAAGCCGCGGCUGCACGCCCUGUGGCACAUGAGUCUCAGCACGAGGCAGGUAGCAUGGCCUUCCGAGCCCUGGGCCUAGCAACGCAGACAGCGAUCGCAGCAGCCAUUGCGCUGCUGGCGCUCACCGCGCUGUUGUUGGCAGCCAUGAUCUGCCGACGCCGGCGGCGGCGGAAAAAGGUGCCAGCGCCGCCGGGGGAAGGCACGCUGUUUGUCAACGACUAUUCAGACGGGCCUUGCACUUUCGCACAGCUCGAGGAGCUCCGUGAUGAGCGCGGACACGAGAUGUUCGUCAUUGACCGUUCCAAACCCCUGUUCGCAGAGAUACCGCCUGAGGAGCCAAUGGAACAUAAUCCUCCCGAGAGUGUCAUGUCUGGGCUACGCCUCCCUCCACGUGUCGCCUAUGAGAUCCAUUGCUGAGCCUGCGCGAGUCAAUGACGUGGGCACUGGGGAUUGGCCAGUGCAGCUCCGCGCAUGCCCAAAGUAAAGUUGACGCCACGCUACACCGCCUAGUGUGUUGGGGCUGGCUGGUAUGGAGUUGUGGGUCUGUGAAUGAUGGGGGCUGUGGAUAAGGUGUCCCAGGUGCCGGCUCUGGCGAUUCACCCUGGCUCAGGGCAGUAAGAAUAGGGGAUAACCUGGUGAGGAAAUU